AUGGCGACACAAACGUCCCUCAAGCCACCCUCUGCCGAGGUGCUCAAGAAGUAUCCAUUUGGAAAGAUCGAACCGAAUUCAACCAAAUACUUUGCCGCAUGCAUGUUCGGUGGUGUCGUGGCAUGCGGACCUACACACACUCUUGUCACCCCUCUUGACUUGGUCAAGACCCGCCGUCAAGUCGAUCCGAAGAUCUACAAAUCAAACCUUCAAGGAUGGAGUUCUAUUUAUGCAAAAGAAGGAGUCCGUGGAGUGUUCUUUGGCUGGACUCCCACGUUCGUUGGCUACUCCUUCCAGGGUCUUGGGAAAUACGGCUUUUACGAAAUCUUUAAGCAUCUGUACGGCGACAACAUGUUCCCCAACAGCAACCGCACUCUGGUCUACCUGGGUGCCAGCGCCUCGGCAGAAUUCAUUGCCGACAUGCUCUUGUGUCCAUGGGAGGCCAUCAAAGUCCGCAUGCAAACGACACUGCCUCCCUAUGCGAACAACCUGAGGGAGGGCUGGACCAAAAUCGUCGACAAGGAGGGCAUUGCCGGCUUGUACAAGGGCCUUUACCCCCUUUGGGGCCGCCAAAUCCCGUACACGAUGUGCAAGUUUGCGACCUUUGAAGAGACUGUCAAGCUCAUCUAUCGACAACUCGGCAAGCCCAAGGAGAGCUACAACAGCCUACAACAGACAGGUGUGAGUUUCCUGGCUGGUUAUAUUGCCGGUAUUGCCUGUGCCAUUGUCAGCCAUCCUGCCGAUGUCAUGGUCAGCAAGCUGAACUCGGAUCGUCAACCUGGUGAAUCUGCGGGGAAAGCCAUGAGCCGUAUCUACGGCAACAUUGGGUUCAUGGGCCUCUGGAACGGUCUACCAGUCAGAAUCGUCAUGAUUGGAACGUUGACCGGGUUCCAAUGGCUGAUCUACGACUCCUUCAAAGUCUGGCUCGGUCUGCCCACCACUGGCGGUCACUAG